CUUCAACUGGGAAGUAAAUUCCUCCUGUGUUAGCUGUGUGAAAAAACAUUCAUGGUGUGAAUGGGUGGGUGCAUGUGCAGGCUUUCUCGAGACUAGAAUAACUAAACCGUGGUGAUUAAACGUUAUAAAUGUAUGUGCUGUGUGUGAGCUGACCUUUGGUUUUGUGCCAGCAGAGCGAUGUCUCCUGAUGAACUGGUGUACCUGGGAGUCCUCGCCGCCUCCAUCCCUGCUGGAUUCCUCUUCCGUUACCUCAGUCCUCCUGUGAAGCAAGGGGCAGCUCUUCUUCUAGGCCUCUCCAUCACCAUCGCCACCUGUCACAUCCACACACUCCACUCCCUGGUGACAGUGAUUGGAACAUGGAUUAUUAUAAAGAGCAGCUGGCGGCAUGCUCCAGCAUUGAGUCUCACCUGGACCUUCCUCUACCUCCUCUUCUUCCGCCUGAUCACUUGGUUUGGUCUCCCGGCACCCACACCUUUUGCUAACGCCGUCCAGCUGCUUCUCACUCUCAAGAUGGUGAGUCUAGCCAAUGAGGUGCAAAGCUUCCACACAGAGAAGAAAAAGGAAGUGAGCUCUUUUGCUAAGUCUCCGGUCAUUGGGGGUCUGUCUGAGGAGCCCUCUCUCUACGAUAUUCUGUCCUAUAGCUACUGUUAUGUGGGUAUAAUGACCGGCCCGUUCUUUCGCUUCCAAACAUACAUUGACUGGGUGAGGCAGCUGAACCCGCAGGUCCUGCCUUGCUGGGCCCCCUGCCUGCAGCGACUGAAGCUGGUUCCAGUCUACGGCGCUCUGUUCCUGGUUGUCAACUCUUUUUUUCCGCUCUCCUACGUCCGCACUGACGAGUUCCUGGAUCAGAACUUUUUCUUUAGGUUGUUCUACAUGGUCGCUAUAUUCUUCGUGUUCAGGAUGCGUUUCUAUGCAGCGUGGUGUGGAGCUGAGGCUGGUUGUAUAAGUGCAGGUCUGGGCUGCUAUCCAGAAAAGGCGCUGUCCAAACCUGGAGGAGGACCCACUGUCAACUACAGUCCUGAUCCCAACACUGAGGAGAAAUAUGACUUCAGAACCAUCCAGAACAUUGACUGCUACAACACUGACUUCUGUGUCAAGGUCCGACAUGGCAUGCGAUACUGGAACAUGACAGUGCAGUGGUGGCUGCAUCACUACAUCUACCCCAACUCCCCCUUCAAAGCCUACACUCUCAGGGCUGGCUGGACCAUGCUUAUCAGUGCCUACUGGCACGGACUACACGCUGGCUACUACCUCUCCUUCCUCACCAUCCCCCUGUGCAUCGCGGCCGAGUCCGCCAUGGAGGCCUCGGUCCGAACAAAGCUGGGUCCUCGUGGACAGAGCAUCUUCGACUGGGUUCACUGGUUCUUGAAGAUGAGGGCCUACGACUACAUGUGCAUGGGCUUCGUGUUGCUGAAGGCGUCUGACACCAUCAACUACUGGAUGUCCAUCUACUUUAUCAUACAGAUAAUCGCCCUUUGCUGCAUAAUAGUCGGCAGGGUCCUGAAAGGGGGGAGAAGGGAAGGGAGGAGAGGGGACAAGGAGGAGAAAAGAGAGCGAGAGCAGGCAGAACAUGUCAGAGAGAAAACUGGAGGAAAAACAGACUGAAAGGAGGCACAGGAAAGAACUGCUUGGUUGUUUUGGAACUUGAGGGGAGGUUACUUCAAGACCAGUGGGAAAUUCCAACUUUGAUUUCACCAUUACUCAUCUUUCCAAUAAGGUCCAUCACAGGUCCAAUAAGUUUUUUUUUGUUUUUGUGGGAAAAUGUUAAAGUUCAAAAGGAUCUAAUUAAAAACACAGUGAAUCAGGUCAACGUGUGACAUGUAAAAUACAAUUUAAAAAGUACUGUGAACACUGGGAGAAGAAUGUUUGAGCUCAGUGAAUGUUAUUUUUAUAGUGUGACUGGCAAAUAGUUCACUUACUCCCCUGAUCUGCGUGGUUGCCUGUACUUUCAUUUCAAGAUACCGUGGCCACUUUCAAGUGUUUCGGGUCACUGCGUCACUUGUGAAAAUGAGGUUGUUUAAAUGUCAAGAUGCUGUUUUCGAAACAGGGGGUGAAGCGAGUCAAACAUUAACCCUCAUCUUAUAAACAGUUAUGAGAGGAGCAGAUUGAAUUUGGUUACACUGAGGCACAUUGAGUUUUCAAAAGCAACAAAAGAACAAAAGUCAGUAUUAUGUUAAAGUACGCUGGCAUUUGGCAUCUUAAAUCCGCUUUUUGUCCGCUCGUCCGCUCGUCUUAAAUCUGCUUUUUGUCCGCUUUUUCUUUUUUGACCACAAUAAACAUUAAUUUAUAUUUUGUGAUAGUUAAAUGCAUAAAAAAUUGCCUUGUAAAACCUCCACUGUAUUGUGUAAAACCCUUAAAUAGGAAUGUAAACAUCAUCAGUGACAUUCAAACUGGUUUACGUUUAGCACAGGAAAACAAGGUCCAGAUUACAUUUUUGCUACUGUAUAAUUACAAGCUCGUUGUGGUGUUUUUAGAAAAACACAAACGUUUCAGCAUUUCUCAUUUUAUGUGCUGAACAUUUCUGUGUUUACACCUUUGAUCCAGUGAAUGCAAAAUAUUUUCCUCUGUUUUCAAUUGAACAGAUUAAGAAUACUGUACACUUGAAUUGAAUUGAAUCCUUGCUGUUUGCUGCCUGUAUAUUCUUAAACAAUCUGGAUUAUACUGUGUCAGCAGGCUCAAAGGUAAUCUGCAGAUUUUUUUACAGUUUUCAAAAGUGAUGCCAAAUCAAAUAUAGCAGCUUUUCUUGCUUGUAAUGUGAUAGACAAUAUUCAUUUAUUCGCCUGAUCCCUCAUAGUUGACUUGAUGACGAAAGAUGCCUCCUCAGUGCGUCAAAAACAAAUAAAAUUUCAGACAUAUUGUCACACAGCACCACUAACACUGAUCUUAACGAUAACAGAAAACACACGGCGGUCACGCACAUGCACAAAGCGGUGGAGACGCGUUCUCGUGUCGUCAGUGUUGACGCACUGCGGGCCUGCAUUGAUAUAUGACAGAUUUCACUGCCAAAAUGUCUGUACUGCCAUUGCGGACCAUUCGGGGUUGGGACCAAACAUUUGUUACAGAACGUUUCGCGUUAUUGACUGUAAGAUGCCAACGUGAAGUCAUGAAUAGCAGCACAGUUGACGUCAUCAUCACUGUGUUAAUUAUGCAUAUCGUAUAUGAAAAAGUAAACAAGCCCUUGUUCAAAGCAAUAAAUUUUCCCAACGUGAUGUUAUAACACGUGACCAAACAUAAUUUGCGUAAGAUGAAAACUUCACUUACAAAUUUUUAUUAUAACAUUUAUUCUCACUGCGGAAAUGUCCUUAAUGAUCACAUUAUAUGAUCAAAUUUUAACCGUGCGCUCUUCCAAAAGUUGAUCAAUGAUAAUAUUGAAUUAUUGACCAGCUGUGGCCACAGUAGGCUGUGUAUUAGUUAGGAAAAUGUGGAAACUGUGACUCUGAGUUCAAAGGCCUCGUCUCCCACCGUGUUGUCUUCCCCAAAUGCUACGUGGACAUUAGAUAAUUUGAAUUGCAAAGUGAUUUUAUGUUAUGCCUCUACUACGGAAUGACUGAUUAUCACCAGUCCAGGAUUUAUAUUUGGAACAGAUAUAAAAUUAAAGAUCUUAGUGUCAAAGUUUAGAAAUGUCAGUGAUGGGAUGCACAGUACCUAAGUACGGUUAUGUGGUACUAGUACUUGAGUUUUUUUUCAUUUUCUGCUACUUUAUACUUCCUCUCCACCAUAUUUUGAUAACUUAAGUUAUGUUCCAGAUUCAGAUUAUUAUUACAAAAUGUAAAUGCUUGUGAUGGCUAUGUUGGCUGCUCAUCUCCAGGCUGUUUAUUUUUCAGUCUAUCAGUCUGAACUCACGUACUGCACCGACUCUCUGCUUUGUAAGUGUGUUACUGUACUUGUGGAAUACAUAUCAGCUUUUCCUCUUCAGUGUUACUCACUUGUCUUUUUCUUUUUAAAGCCUUCUUGAUGUGAUUUCUGUGCAUGAUUUGUUUCAUUAUGAGGCUCAUAAUUAGCUUGUGAAAGUCACUAAGAUAAAUCUUGUAGAAAAUG